AUGGGACUGAUUGGUGGCGUGUUUGCUGCAGGUUUGCCCUGCAUUUGUUUGAGCAUCCGCUCGCAAGAGCUGUGGGCAGCAGAGUUCCUAGAUGAUACCAACUCUGAAAUGCGCAGAGUGCGCGGCGUCAUCAAGGACAAGAAGAACCAAGACGAUAGAGGUGGACAUGCCUUUUCAGUCAUCGUUGAGUUCGUCGCAGAGGACUUGGAGCAGCAGCAGAUCCCUGUUCGGGCACACUGCGCCUCUCAAGCUGCUUUCUGGAGCAAAGUAAAGGUGGGCGGUGAGGUCGACAUAGCUUAUCGGGCUGGCUUGGAGCGCGAUUUCGUGAUACUAGACGACCUCCUGACCUAUCUUAUGGACACGUCGUCAAAGUAUAUUCUUUGUAUUUGCGGAGGAUGUUUUCUUGUGCUAGGGAUUGCCACAGGGGUGGCCUCCUUUCCAAUCACUGGUUGCUUUGCGGGCAUCAUUCCCCUUGUGUUGCUCAUGUUGGCUGGCUCCAUUGCAGGCCAUUUUUUUCUGAAGCGCUUUGCGCAGCACAUCACGCAGCGUCAUUUUUAUGUGAAUACCGGCGCGAGCCCGAAGGGCAGCGAAGGUGACUCCUCGCGGGAGAUGCUGCAGUGA